CUAUUUUUUGCCUCUUCGUCGCACCCCCAUAGCCUCACUCGCCAUCUCGCCCCCUACGCACCAACAUGAGUCGCUCUGGAGGCUCCCGCGCGCCUGAUGACCAGACGAAGCUCAAGAAGCAGCUCAAUGAGCUCAUGAAGCUCGAGGAGAACAAGUUCUGCGCCGACUGCGGCUGUCGUGGGCCUCGCUGGGCCUCCAUCAACCUGGGCGUCUUCAUCUGCAUCGCAUGUUCGGGUAUCCACCGCAGUCUUGGCGUCCACUUGACCUUCGUACGCAGCGUCAAUUUGGACUCGUGGACGACGGAUCAAGUGCAGCAGAUGCAGCGCUGGGGCAACGCGCGAGCCAAGGGCUACUACGAGGCGAAUGUGCCCCGGGAUUACCGUAUCCCAACGGAACAUUCGUCUGUUAGGGACAAGGAGAUGUGGAUUAGGGACAAGUACGAGCGUAAACGCUUCGUGGGCGAAGCUCCAAGGGAGAAUGAAGACCGCGGAGCGCGUAGGAAGAAGCACAGCAGCUCCGAGGAAGAGGAAGAGCCACGUCAGAGACGUAAAGAUAAGGAACGCACGAGCUCGCGUCAUGGAUCUCGUACUUCUUCAAGAGAGGCGACACCCACGCAACCAGCAGUGACGCAGGAUAUCCUGUCGUUCGACGUAUUCAGUGCCCCCGUGCCGGAGUCUAAACCUGCUGCUAGUUUAGUGGACGCUGCACCUGUUGCUGCCGCUCCGAAGCAGGACGAAUGGGCUUCUUUUGGAGGAUCUAGCAAUGCCCAGUCCGGAUUCAAGGACGCCUUUGCCCCGCAACCUCCGGCGCCUGCAGACCAACAUGUGAACAAGAUGGCCAACAUCAUGGCAAGCUUCGGAUCGUCGACGCAGCCUCAACAGCAACAGAACGCGUUCCCUCCUCAGCAGGGAAUGGCGCCGGCGCCUAUGAUGGGAAUGCAAAUGAACGGAAUGAAUGCGAUGAACGGGAUGAACAUGAUGGCACCUCGACCUAUGGGGAUGAAUAUGCCUGUGAGUAUGCCUAUGGGUGGGCAAGGAUUCAUGAACCCCAUGAUGGGACAGCCCAAUAUGAUGGGAUACCCGCCCAUGCAGAACCAAAUGUUUGGAGCUCCUCAACAGAACGGCAUGAUGAUGGGUGGCGCUCCGCAGAUGGGAUUCCAGGGCCAACCGAUGGGGAUGAACCCGAUGGGCAUGCAGAUGAACCAGGGAUUUCAGCAGCAACAGCAACAGCAACAGCAACAGCAACAGCAGCAGCAGCAGCACCAGGGAGGAUUCCAACAGCAACAGCGACCGCCACAACAGCAAGCAGGGGGACUGAACCAGUCGUUUGUUAACUUUGGUUAGGAACGUCGAGGUCGAAUGGUGUUCGAUCUUCCAUCUUUCUCCAUAGAGCAAUGACAGUCAGACUCUCCUCCUACCGGUCGAUAUCGAAAUGCAAUGGGAAUAAAUACAUACACGUUUACUUCUAAAGCUGCAUUAUUUAACCUACAGUUAGCG